AUGGGUGGUGAGAGUUCUAAGGAGGAUAGUUGGAGGCAGAGUUCAUCGGUAGGGUCAAGUUAUUCUGCUUCUUCUUGGAGUGCUUACUUGGAUCCGCUAUCAGGUUACGGUUUUGAAGAUCCACAACCGUCUUAUUCUUCUUUUGGCUAUGAAGCUUAUGGUAGUGAUAGACUGGUACAUUAUGAUGGUGCAAAGCUAGAGAGGAGAUACUCAAGAAUUGCUGAUCAUUAUAGUUCCAUAGAACAGGUUACUGAGGCUCUUGCACGUGCAGGGCUUGAGUCGUCUAAUCUUAUUGUUGGUAUUGAUUUCACCAAGAGUAAUGAGUGGACAGGCAAGAAUUCGUUCAAUAGAUGGAGCUUGCAUCACAUUGGAAAUCCUCUGAAUCCUUAUGAACAAGCAAUAUCAAUUAUUGGGAAAACCUUGGCAGCAUUUGAUGAGGAUAACUUGAUCCCCUGUUUUGGAUUUGGAGAUGCAUCAACACACGAUCAAGAUAUCUUCAGUUUCUAUCCAGAUGAAAGAUUUUGCAAUGGAUUUGAAGACGUGCUAAGUCGGUAUAGGGAAAUUGCUCCUCAUCUUCGACUUGCAGGUCCUACUUCGUUUGCGCCAAUCAUUGAAAUGGCCAUGACAAUUGUCGAGCAGAGUGGUGGCCAGUACCAUGUUUUGGUGAUAAUCGCAGAUGGCCAGGUAACAAAAAAUCUCGACAGACACGGGAAACUAAGUCCACAGGAACAGAAGACUGUGGAUGCCAUUGUUGCAGCCAGUAAGUUUCCUCUUUCAAUUAUAUUGGUUGGCGUUGGAGAUGGACCAUGGGACAUGAUGAAGGAUUUUGAUGACAAUAUCCCAGAUCGGGCCUUUGAUAAUUUUCAGUUUGUGAAUUUCACGGAGAUUAUGUCAAAGGACAUCCCUCAUUCACGAAAAGAGGCAUCAUUUGCGCUUUCUGCUUUGAUGGAAAUUCCUUCUCAGUAUAAAGCAGCAAUGGAGCUUAAUCUACCUGGUCGGCGAGCCAGUGCUCCUCAAAGAGUUGCCCUCCCACCUCCCAUAUUUAGUUCUCAUGCUGCAAGGUUUGAGCCAACUAUCGCUCCUCAGCAUGGCAACACCCACCCAGUUGCCACAGCUCCUUCUGCCCCAAGUUUCACUUAUGAUAAUCAACUUUGUCCCAUUUGUCUGAGCAAUGCGAAAGACAUGGCCUUCGGAUGUGGGCAUCAGACAUGUUGUGAAUGUGGACAAGAUCUUCAGCCAUGCCCCAUAUGCAGGAGCCCCAUUAAUACCAGAAUUAAGCUUUACUAA